GGACGGUUUGUGCUCCCGAGCCUCCUGCCGCACCUCCUCCGGUGUCCUCCUCCUCUCCUCCGGUCCUCGCAUCACCCGGUCCCCCGGUCCUCCGGUCCUCCGGUCCUCCGGUCCCUCAGCAUGUCUCACACGGUGGUGGCGUCCAGCAGCGGCACGGUGAGGUCGUCCGGGGACAGCGGGCUGAACAUGGGCUACACCCGCACCAUCCCCGGGCUGCUGAAGAUCGGACAGACGCUGGCCCUGCUCAUCGCCCUGGUGUGUGUCUGCUGUGUGCGGGGCUGGCCGAGCUGGGCGGCCUUCCAGUUCUUCCAGGUGGUGGUGCUCUGGUUCCUGGUGGCCUUCUUAGUCUUCCUCCUCAUGCACCUGCUCCGGCUGCAGAGCAGGAUGCCCUGCAUCAACUGGCCCCUGACGGAGUUCUUUCAUUACGCCGUGGGCAGCGUGCUCCUCUUCAUCGCCUCCAUCGCCGCCGCCGUGAAGUGCGCCGGAGCCUCGGCGCUGGUGGUCGCAGCGGUGUUCGGGUUCCUCGCCACCUUCCUGAUGGUUGUGAACCUGUGGACGUUGUACGGCGUGGCCUGUGGCCCUCAGGCUGGUUCCUCGGUGUAAAAUGAAGUCAGGUUCUGAGAAAGUCCUCGUCUCCGGGACAUUUUUCCGCCCGGCAACCGUCCGGAUCCUGCACCCUGAUUGGACGAUCGGACUGAGGACGAGCCGUCGCUCCCGAACAGCCGGAACCCGGUGCGAUCGUCACGGUAACCACCAACGGGACAGCGCUUGGUUCUUUCCUGCUCCACAUCGUCCAGGGUGCUCCGCGUCUCCCAGUCAACGUGUCAUCAGCGGGCGCCGCGGCGGUCCGACCUGCUGCUGCCACGUUGACGCCGUUUCCCAUCAUGCCCUCUGCUACGCCCUACCUGUCAGGUGCUCCCAGUUUACAGCUUCACUUCAUUUAUUUUGUACUUCCACAAAAAUCAUUGAAGAACGCUUUUGUGACAAUUAGAUAGAAAAAAAAAUACCUGGUUUUUCAAAAAAAAAAAAACAGAAAAGAAUUGAAGCCGUUUUUAUGUGAUUUAUUUAUUUUGUGGGAAUAUACAGAAUGUCAGGGAUUUUUUUAAGUUGUUUUUUAUUUAAGCUUUGCUUUGUAUAAAUGAAUCUGUUAAUAAUCACACAACAGAUCGAAAAAAAAGAGUUUGACUGGAGAAAGAUUUCAAGGUCUUUUACUGACGGGCUCACGCCAACUCACAGCCUGAUGAAGGCUUCUAUUGUGGUGAUGAUGAUGAUGAUGAUGAUGAGGUGAGUGUGUCGGUGUGAUCUGUUGAGGAAAAAACCUUCAGACGGGAGCAGCCUGCUGCGUCACAAAGAAACUUGUGUGCCAUUAGUUUGAUACCAGACAAAAGACUGUUAGUUCAUUUUAAGGAGGAUGAGCUCCCACAAUGCAUCACUCUAGCAGCACGGCCUCGGUGACUGGUGCUCAACAGGAGCUAGUUUCCAUCCAAAGCACAGCAGAACCUGCUCUCUUCCGGAAGGUUCUGCGGAGGCCGUCAGGGAAUCGGUGUGGAAAUCUGUCUGCGUCUCUUAAAGGUACAGUACGUAAUUUUAUCAACUCCACAACCUGAAAACAAUCCGGCUGAAGCUAACAGUUAGCCGCAGCCGGUUUGGUCCUGUCAUCCCACUGAGUGCCAGCAGGAGGUGCAGUGAGGUGAUCUUCCUCCUCCUCCUCCUCUGCAGUGGAGGUGCUUUUACAGGAACAUUACUGACUGUACCUUUUAAAUGAAUCAGAGGUGAGCAGGAAAACAAUACACAUUUUUGAAAUCUACGCACAGACUGUUUACAACACACAUGCACACACAGGAAGCGGGACUGCAUGGACCCGGACACAAGCAGUAAAGAUGAACCAUUAUUUCAGGACAGGUAAACAAUGCCAAAUAGAAAGGAACACAGAAUAUGUGUGACCACAUCAGUGGAUUAAACAUAAACAAAAUGUGUGCAUGAUUCAAUAAAAUAGCUGCAAUUUCUUUCUACAAAAAUGAACAUCUUGCCUUCAGAAUAAAAGCAGAAGACACGUUUUUACCAAAGUCGACGCGUUAAGCUGCAUGUUUUUGCCAAAGCUGAUAAAUUAAAAGCACAGACUA